AGAUUCUCUCUCUCCUGUCUUCCCUCUCUGUUCCUUGCAGGCAAUUUAGCUUCGCAACUUCAACUCAGUUGGAAGUUCCCGAUCUUGACUCGGUACGGACACCUGAAAACUCUGGUUCUGUUUUCUGUGCCUUGGUUUUGAGCUACGGUGGGUCUAUGUGAUCUGGGAAUUGAGGUUCUGCACCGAUACUAGGGUUUCGAAUGCUGAGAAUUGAGGGAAUUCAUCAACAACUUCGCUGCAACACUGGGGGUUCGAGUGUUCGCGGGUAUGGUUGCGUAGAGGUUUGAUUCCGUGGUAGCAAUGCUGAAUUUGGAGUUUUUUCUGGAGUUGGUUUGAUUUGUUUUCUCAGUUCUGGAAUUUUUGGGCUUGAAGGUGAUGUGAGAGCUGGGAGUCUCUAGGGUUUAGCAUUUGUUGAGAAUUCUACAUUUUUUGAGCUUGGGAUCUCAAGGUUUGGGCGGUGGAAGAAGUUGGAGUGGAAUUUGGAGUUGUUGAGAGUUUGGUGCUUUGGAUGGGUUUUUAGGGUUUGUUCUGUGAGCUGCGAAGAAAAUGUUUUAUUCGCAGUUUAUUUUGGCCAAGAAAGGGCCGCUUGGAACGAUAUGGAUUGCGGCGCAUUUGGAGAGAAAACUGCGAAAGAAUCAGGUUGCUGAUACUGAUAUUGGUGUUUCAGUAGAUUCAAUUCUUUUUCCUGAAGCACCAAUUGCAUUGCGAUUAUCUAGCCAUCUUCUACUUGGUGUGGUGAGGAUUUAUUCUCGGAAGGUCAAUUAUCUUUUCCAUGAUUGCAGUGAGGCUCUGCUUAAGGUGAAGCAAGCUUUUCGCUCAACUGCAGUUGAUCUUCCACCAGAAGAAUCUACUGCACCGUAUCACUCUAUCACCUUGCCAGAAACUUUUGAUCUUGAUGAUUUUGAGCUGCCAGAUAGUGCAUUCUUUCAGGGUAACUAUGUUGAUCACCAUAUUAGUACAAGAGAGCAGAUUACACUUCAAGAUACCAUGGAUGGUGUUGUUUAUUCGACAUCACAGUUUGGAUUGGAUGAGCGGUUUGGCGAUGGUGAUGCUUCUCAGAUUGGCUUAGACCUUGAUGAGGAUUUGUUUUUAAACAAAGAUAAAGCAUCUGGGCAUUCUGUAGCCACAUUGGAUAUAGAUGACGAUGUGGAUCUUCAGGCAUGUGGCCAACCUAUGACACCUUUUACCAUGUAUAUUGAUGAUGACCAAAACAAUGAGGAUAGAACAACUGAUAUUGAAGUCAUGGAGGAUGCCAAUGGGAAGAAAAUUUGUUUUGAUCUACAAGAUCCAAUGAGAGAUGAUAAUUCUAAUAUUCUUCAUGGUGAUCCCAUUCAGACCCCAGAUCAAAAUGAUGUUUUCCACUGUAAUCCAGUUGAGGGUUCAUGCUCAAGUCCUUCAAAAGACUUGGUUGAGUGUGCUCAUGCCCCAUUUACUCCUGGAUUAGUGGAAGAGGCAAUUCAAGUAAAGCAACAAAGGGAUUCUCCAUCUGCUGCAGAGGGCAUGGAACACAUGGCUUCAGAUGUUUCACGUUCUGUUUCCUCACCCACUUCAGUUUUAGUGGAGCAACCAAAACCUGUUUCUCCCUUAUCAGAGUGCUCAGAUAGAGUUGUAAAUGCACCUCAUGGUCAUGAAAGGGCAGAUGAAUUACAGAUUGGAGCCACAAGUAACAAGAUAGAGAACAAUUCCUCUAUUGAUCUAUCUCAUAGUGAGGCUAAAGCUCCUCAAGGGCUACCAUUGGAGGAAACUGUGUCUCCUGCUUGUGAUCAUCAGUCAGAAUUAGGUGUAAACACUGAUUGUUCUUCAAAGGAGACUGAGCCACAAGCUCUUAAGAAGGUGAAUCCUGUAGCUGUAGGAAGUUUAACUGAAGCAUAUUCCCCGGACCAUGCAUCAUCAUCUAGAAUUGAUUCUCUGUUGGAGUCAAAUGGUGGACAUGAGCUCGAUAAAGUUGAAGCUAAAACUUGUGUAGAAUCACAAGAUUUUAAGAAUUUGGACACAGUUAAUUCUGUUGAAAAAGUGUGUCCUAACUGUCAUGUGCUUCGGGCUUGCAGUUCCAACCAGAACCAGUCUGAUUCAUUAUCUGUCAUGGAUGGUAAUUUAGUAGAAAAUACACCUGAGUUAUCACCCAGAGGAGUUGGGCUUUGUUCAUGUGAGAUAUCAGAAAGGGAGGAAGUGCUUCAGGCUUCUGGAACAGAUGUUCAAGGUGAAGCGUGCCAACCAACUAAUCUUAUGGACACAACAUUAGAGACCACUGAGACCUUGGGGCCCCCUCCAGAAGAAGACCUUCAGGUUGAUCGUAAUGAAUCAGAUGAACAUUUGGAUAAUGGCAUGCCUGCACCUGAAAUAAUGCUUUCAGCCCCAUCAGGAGUUACUGACCUUCCAAACAACUUAGUAGUGGAAUCCACUCCAGACAAAGCAGACCUGACAGAGAAUAUAGGAAAUGGGGAUGAUUUUGAAAUCCUCUCUGGAAAGAAACGUCAUUCUAUGGAAAGUACACCAAUUCUGCAGAGUGGCAACUCAGCUAAGCUUUCUGGGGUACCCCGAUCUAAAAGAACUAUGGGGUCUAUUCCUGACGAUGAUGAUCUAUUGUCAUCGAUCUUAGUUGGACGAAGAACUUCUGUUUUGAAGUUGAGGCCUACUCCACCUCUACAUGAAGCAGCAUCUUCAAAGCGCCCUCGGGUUGCAUCCAGGAACAGUGUUCCAAAGAGAAAAAUUCUUCUGGAUGAUACCAUGGUAUUGCAUGGCGAUACAAUACGACAACAGUUGACAAAUACUGAAGACAUACGCCGUGUAAGAAGGAAAGCUCCAUGUACUCCUUCUGAAAUCUGGAUGAUACAGAAGAAUUUGUUAGAAGCUGAGAUUUUCGGUGAACCCAUAUUUACUGGUAUGUCCCUGGAAUUAAUUGAUUUGCACAACCAAACAUAUGAUCUAACCGAAUUGGAAGCAGUGAAGGAUGUAGAACAUUCUCCUACCACAAAUCUUACUAAAGAAUCCAAAAAUAGUUCCGAACCAGUAACAGUUGUGAAUGAUGGGGAAGCACAACCUGGUGAGAUGUUUGUGUUGUCUGAGAACCAGCAGUUUGAAGGGCAUGCAGCUGGUUCUGUUGGAUGUGAAGGUCAAUACCAAACUAUGGGUCCAGCUGAGGUCACUCAACUUGAAUCUUCAAAAGAUGGGCUUUUGGGACAAAUAACUGCAAUGGAAGCUGACACAAGAGAUGGUGUAACUUCUGAGGCUGUGGAUCAUAUUGUAACAGCCAAUCCUCUUGCUGGAGAUAAUUGCCAUGUAUCCUCUGGUUUGAUAAUUGAAUCAUCUCCUCUAGAUGGAAGCAGCGGGACAGAAGCUAUGAAUGAUAAGUUGUGUUCAUCUGCAAACCAGGAGUCGGGUAGUCAUUCUUUUGAACAUGAAGCAUCUCUCAUGGAUAGAAUUGAUGUUAAGGAAGUUGAUGCCUUUGAUGUUUCAAAAGAAAAUGAGGUGAAUUUAGUUCUAUCUGAAGGUGUAUCACAAUCUAAUGAUAGGUCUCCACUGGAGGAAUGUGAAGAUUGCAGGUUGGUUGAUAUGAUGGGACCAAAUGUUCCUCAAGAAUGCGGCAUUGAUAUAAGGGAAAAUACCUUGUAUGCAGUCAGCUCACCGGAAACCAGAUCUCAUUUAUCAGAUUCCUCAACUCCCUUUGAAAAUGGAAAUCCUUCCUUACCAAUUGUUUCUGCAGAGGGUGGUGAACAGACUGGUGCUGUUAUUACUACUGGUGAUGGAACUGUGGAGCGAAUGGAGUCUGAGGUUAUGGUGGAAAAGAUGGGUAACGAUGAGGAUAACCCCUCCUUCAACCCUGUUUCUGGUGAAGAAUCUGAAAAGGAAUUCAAUAUGGCAAUUCAAGAUGAUUCCUUGGAUGGAGUGGAAAAUCCAUGCAAUUGGGAAGCCAAUUCAAAGAGCACUAUGGACACUGAAACUGAAAUAUCUGCGUUUGAAACUGCUGAUGUCAGAGGUUCUGAUGAUUUUGGAAAUAUAAUAAGUGGGAAUGAUACAGAGUUUCUGAAUGUGGAUGAUGAGGAUGUGGAUGAUGAAGAGGACAAUGGCAUACCAAGAGCUGAAGAAGCUCAAUUUUUUGAGAACAGUGGAUGGUCAUCCCGUACAAGAGCUGUUGCAAGGUACCUCCAAACCUUGUUUGAUAAUGAAGCUGGACAUGGAAGAAGGGAACUUUCAAUGGAUAACCUAUUGGCUGGUAAAACACGAAAGGAAGCAUCAAGGAUGUUUUUUGAGACACUGGUUCUAAAGACAAGAGAUUAUAUACAUGUUGAACAGGGAAACCCCUUCGACAAGAUUAAUAUAAAGCCCAAAGUAAAGCUCAUGAAGUCAGAUUUCUGAUCUUGCACGCGGAGUAAGGUUAUACGGACAGUUACAAAUUGCCCCUUUUAGUUCUGCUAGGCUGAUGCUCGAUUCCCCUCAUAAAAUCAACCAUCCCCUUGAUUUAUGUUUAUUUUUUAUCGUUUUAAGUUAUGGGUUUCUAUUCUUUUCCCCCCUUCUCUUUCUUCAUGUAACUGGUAGAUUAACACGCGAAGGGAUGGGCAGUCGCCUGUAAUGUAAUGCUGAUUUUGUACUCAUAUGUAAAUAACUAAAUAUGCCUGUAAAAUUAGUUUCUGAAAUUGAAGCUGAUAAUUUUUAUUAAUCUUCAUUGUUAAA